GGACCCGACUCCGCGGGCUACCUCCCUCCCGUCCUCUCUCGCUCCCCCAAGCCCGCCGCUCCGCCGCUUCCAGGGUGCAAAGCCACUUCUCCCGGCUGGCGUGCGAGGAAUUCGGCCGGGCAGUCGCUUCUGAUGAUACUUCUUACCGAGAGGUGCUCUUCCAAGGACACGAGAAACUAGGAGCCCGCUGAUGCAAGCCAAGGGGAGCUGCUUUCAGCUGCGAAUGAUGCCCAAGCCCACUCUGAAAGGGACUGGCACCCACUCCGAGACCUUCCGCCAGCGCUUCAGGGGAUUUCAUUACCAGGAGGUGGCUGGGCCCCGAGAGGCUUUCAGCCACCUCUGGGAACUCUGCUGCGGGUGGCUCAGGCCCGAGAGGCACACCAAGGCGCAGAUUGUAGAGUUGUUGGUGCUAGAGCAGUUCCUGACGGUUUUACCUGGGAAGUUCCAGACGUGGAUCCGGGAGCAGUGUCCAGAAAGUGGAGAGGAGGCAGUGGCUCUGGUGGAAGACUUAGAAAGAGAGCCUGGGAAACCUGGACAUGUGGUCACAGACUCUGUGAAGGGGCAGCAAGUGCACUUGGAGAAGAUGGCACCCCUGGAAUCAUCACAAGAGUUAUUAAGUGCUCGGCAGGAGUCAGUGGAACCCCAGCCCAGGGGUGUACCCAAGAAAGAGAGGGCAAGAAGCCCAGACCUGGCACCACAGGAGCAGAUGAACCCAAAGGAGAAGCUCAGACCUUUUCAAACGAGCGGAUUUCCAUUUCCUAAAUCUGGUGUGGUCUCCAAGUUAGAGCAAGGACAGUCACAGAUUCCAGAUCUGUUGGGCUCCAAGGAAAAGGAACUUCCAAGCAGAGGUCCCAUACAAGAUACACUAAUACAUGCUGAUCUGCUACCAUCCAGGAAAGAGAGAAGCAGCUGGGUAAAACAAGAUCACUGGGGCUUUGAGGAUGAGAAGGUGGCCAGUGUGCAUUGGGGCUACGAAGAAACCAGAACUCUCCUUGCAAUCCUCAGCCAGACUGAGUUUUAUGAGGCUCUUCAAAACAGUCAUCGAAACAGUCAGGUGUAUGGGGCAGUAUCUGAGCGGCUUCAGGAGUAUGGCUUCCUCCGGACCCUGGAGCAGUGUCGGACAAAGUUCAAAGGUCUCCAGAAGAGCUAUCGAAAAGUCAAAAGUGGACACCCACCUGACUCCUGCCCCUUCUUUAAAGAAAUGGAAGCGCUAAUGAGUGCUCAGGUCAUUGCCUUGCCCAGUAGUGCCCUGGAGGGGGCAGUGUCUCAUUCUGGCCUGGUGAGCAGUGCCACUGAGCUGGAAGAACCAGAGCAGGAGCCCUGGCAGCUCCAGGAGGUAGCAGAAAAGACCUUGGCUGAGGAGACUGACAAUGAUGAAAUGGGCCAAGAACCCACUUCCCUGGACCCUGAUGACUCAACUGCACCUGGGCCUUUCCGAAGCCCAAGUGGUGUGCACUGGGGCUAUGAAGAGACCAAGACUUACCUUGCAAUCCUUAGUGAGACUCAGUUUUAUGAAGCUCUCCGGAAUUGUCACCGCAACAGUCAGCUAUAUGGAGCAGUGGCUGAGCGGCUGUGGAAAUAUGGUUUCCUUAGGACAGCAGAGCAGUGUCGGACCAAGUUUAAAAGCCUACAGACCAGCUAUCGGAAAGUGAAGAAUGGUCAAGCACCAGAAACAUGCCCCUUCUUUGAAGAAAUGGACGCUCUGGUGAGUGCCCACACUGCUGCCCUGCCCCGUCAUGGCCAGGAAGAGGAGAAGGUUUCUAGCCCCAUCAUUGCCAGUACGGAUGAAACUGGGAAGCAAGUAGCAGACACAGAAGAGCCCACAGAAGAUGAUUCUGAUGGUGAUGAGGAAGAGGAUAGUGAGAUACCCACAGCGGCUGCCAUGAGCCGUUCUCCUGUCUUAUUCCAGAGCCCGAGUGGUUUUGAAGCUGGAUUUGCCAGUGAAGAGAAUCUAAAGCAGGAUAUUUCUGAGGAAGUACAACUUCAUAGGACAUUACUUGCAAGGUCAGAAAGGAAAAUUCCCCAGAACUUUAAUUCAGGUAAAGACGAUGAGAGUAAAUAUAGAUCAGGAAGACAAUGGAAAAAGAAUCCAGAGGAAAAAAGAGGAAAACCAGCACUCCCAGAGAAGAGUUUAGGUAAAGUUCUAAAUCAUCAGAAACCUUAUUUGGGAGAGAAACCCUUUAAGUAUCUCAGAUAUGGCAAAAACUUUGGUUCAAAUUCCCACUUGAUGUAUCAGAUAUCCCAUCAAAUGGAAAAUCCAUAUAAAUGUGCUGAUUGUGGGAAAAGUUUCAGUAGAAGUGCACGUCUCAUUAGACACCGGAGAAUCCACACUGGAGAAAAACCUUACAAGUGCCUUGACUGUGGAAAAAGUUUUCGUGACAGCUCAAAUUUCAUCACUCACAGGAGAAUCCACACAGGAGAGAAACCUUAUCAAUGUGGCGAAUGUGGAAAACGCUUCAAUCAGAGUUCAAGUCUUAUAAUUCACCAGAGAACCCACACAGGAGAAAAGCCUUAUCAAUGUGAAGAGUGUGGGAAAAGCUUCAAUAACAGUUCUCACUUCAGUGCACAUCGGAGGAUACACACUGGAGAGAGACCCCAUGUGUGUCCUGUCUGUGGAAAGAGUUUCAGUAAGAGUUCUGACUUACGCAUACAUCACAGAACCCACACAGGAGAGAAGCCUUAUGGGUGUCAUGAUUGUGGCAAGUCCUUUAGUAAAAGCUCUGUUCUUAAUAAGCACAGAGAAAUCCAUGUACGAGAAAAGCUUCUGUCACAGCCUACACCUAAGUAAGCCCCUGAAACUCCUUCAAGAAAAGAGCAUCAAAAAUUGGGAAGUCUUCUGAUAGUGACAUCUAUCUCUUCUUCUGUGCUCAACUAGAUUAGGAGGUAUUCUUAGGGUUACCCCACUGGACUUUCACUUAGAUCUAGAUCCAAGUUUCCUUUUUAUUUUAUUUUAUUUUAUUUUAUCAUCUUUAUUUAUUGGAUAGAGACAGUCAGACAUCAAGAGGGUAGGGGGAGAUAGGGAGAAAGAGAGACACCUGUAGCCCUGCUUCACCACUUGCAAAGGUUUCCCCCUGCAGGUGGGGACCAGAGGCCUGAACCUGAGUCCUUGCGCAUUGUAACAUAUGCGCUCAACCAGGUGUGCCACCACCUGGCCCCUAGAUCCAAGUUUCCAAGGCAGUCAUACUGUGGAUAAAAGGAAGCUUUCACUCCCUCUCCUUGCCUGUAUAUGAACCAAUAGAUAAACACUUUUACCUCAGUGCCUGUUGUUUCCUCAGAGAGAAUGUGAUAGAAGAUUGAUAAAUUUGAGAUGCACCCUUAUUUAUCCAUAUCAGUUGCAAAUGACUGAAGGAUUUAGAGGGAUACUGAAGCAUUUCAGAGAAGCAAAACUACUGUCAUUUAGUGGGUCUAACUCUUCAUUCAACACUGGGAAUGUGGGUAAUGGAAAUGCCCAAGAAUGACUUUCUGUUCACUUAAGCCUGUGUUGAGAAUGACUUGUCAUAUAUACUCACUUACCUUAAAGGAGAAAGUUUAAUAUCCAUCUUGGUUCUUGCCUGUCUGGAGAAGUGAUGCAAGCCAUCUAUGAUUAUUAUGUGUAAACCCUGGAUUUCUUACAUUUCUUCUAAUCCCAUGAAGGUGGUGGGUCUAACACAUUUAUAGGACCUAGUUUUGAUUUUCCUUUCAUCCAUCUCAUCUGAAUUUCAUUUGCGUUUUGUUAUUGUCCAGAAGCUCCAUGAGCAGGUGAGCUGAAUGUGACAGGGAAAGCGCUUAAAGCUAUUAAGGAAUCCACACUCCUGAAUCCUAGUCUAAUGUACAUCCUGUAGUGCUGUAGGCACUAUAAAUACUAGCCUGGAAUGAGCAAAAGCCACUGCCACAUUUCCAUGGACUGGGAAAACAUCACUUUGUGCUAGUCACUUUGCCCUAAUGACAUGGGGGAUAAAUUAUCCGUCUGUUCAGUGGAGUUGCUAAUACUCAUAUACACAUAUUUAACUGUGUACACUGAUUUUGUAAGUAGCUCUUCACAGCACUAGUAUAAUUCUGACAUUUACAGUUCAAUAGUAUUGAAUUAAUUGAAUAAUAUUGAAUAUUUUCAC